AUGGCUAUCAAUCGAGUAUAUUUUUUCAUUGCAAUUCUUUGUAUAGCUUUAGUUUUGCAUCCAGGUGGUGCAAGAAGAUAUGAAGAAAUUAUGAGUGAUGACAUUACGACUGAUUGUUUUGACACACCAGAAUGUCCAUUAUCUAAUGAAAGUUGUUUACAGAGAUGUGAACGACGAGGUUUUUUGAUGAUGUUGUUGGUUCCUCAUUUUGAGACUUGUUUCAAGUUUUCUGAGUUUGGUGAUGUUUGGCUUGGUUCAGGUUUGAUGAGUUUGGAGAUGGUGACUGUGUUUUUUGAGAGUUUUGAUGGUUUACUGUUUCUGUUGUGA